GAUGCACGUGAAUAUAAUGCGCCCAAAAGCACGUGACGUGACAGACAGCGCUCAGUGCAGUUGCAGGUGGCAGGAUGGCUCCGUGGUUUAUCUACCUUGCUGCCAUUUUCGGAUUGGUUGCCGUGUCCGGCAUGCCAGUCGAAAAUGGACAGUCGGAUGGUGUCCUCAACACGAAGGACCAACGGAAUGAAUUGAAUCCAAAGGGCCACAAGUAUGACGUAGAUCCCAAGGACCCGAGGUAUGACGUUAAACCCAAGGACCCCAAACCAAUGGAUCUUCGACACGAUGUCGACCCCAAGGACCAAAUGCAGGACCUAGAUCCCAAUGACCAAAAGUAUGACGUGGAUCCAAAGGACCCGAAACCAAUGGAUCUUCGGCACGACGUCGACCUCAAGGACCAAAUGGAGGACCUAGUUCCCAAGGAGCAAAGGCAUAAUGUAGAUCCCAAGGACCCGAAACCCUUGGAUCUUCUGCACAAUGUCGACCUCAAGGACCAACUGCAGGACCUACAUCCCAAGGACUCGAAACCCUUUGAUCUUCUGCACGAUGUCGACCCCAAGGACCAAAGGCAUGACGUAGAUCCCAAUGACCCGAAACCCAUCGAUCCUCGGCACGAUAUCAACCUCAAGGAGCAUCCGUAUGACGUCAAGUCCAAGGACCAAAGGUAUGUCCACACCAAUGACGGAAGGUCGGCCUCCCUUGACGAGACACUUGUCGCCGGUGACACCCCAUAUAUCAACGUGGAACCCAAGGACCAAAGAUAUGACGUCAGACUCAAGGACCAAAGGCAGGACGUAGAUCCCAAUGACCAAAAGUAUGCUAGUCCCAAGGACGGAAGUUCAACUUCCCUUGACGAGACACUUGUCGACGGUGACACCCAAUAUAUCAACGUGGAAACCAAGGACCAAAGAUAUGACGUCAGACUCAAGGACCAAAGGCAGGACGUAGAUCCCAAUGACCAAAAGUAUGCUAGUCCCAAGGACGGAAGUUCAACCUCCCUUGACGUGACACUUGUCGCCGGUGACACCCAAUAUAUCAACGUGGAAUCCAAGGACCAAAGAUAUGACGUCAGAAUCAAGGACCAAAGGCAGGACGUAGAUCCCAAUGACCAAAAGUAUGCUAGUCCCAAGGACGGAAGUUCAACCUCCCUUGAUGAGACACUUGUCGCCGGUGACUCGUUUUAUAUCAACGUUCAACCAAAGGACCAAUGGCACGAUGUAAAUCCCAAAGACCGAAGUUCAGCCUCUCUCGAUAAGACACUUGUCGUCGGUGACACGUCAAAAAUCAACGUCGAACCCAAAGACCAACGGUAUGACAUAACAGAUGAUACCGAAGACAAUCGGUAUGACGUCAAUCCUGAUGACCAAAUGUAUGACGAUCCCGAGGACCAAAUGUAUGACGAUCCCGAGGACCAAAUGUAUGACGAUCCCAAGGACCAAAUGUAUGACGAUCCCGAGGACCAAAUGUAUGACGGCGAAGAGCAACCAAAUAAUGCCAUCAGGCAAUCAGAAGAUGACUGGCAAAGUACUAUCCAUACGAAAGAACCAGAGGAAGACACCGCCCAGAACACACCACCGUUUACCGUGUACGGCAAAGUCGGGGCUAGAAUUGCAGUGUAUCUUAAGUCGGAUGGUUCUGCACGCGAGAUCACUGCUCCCAAAAAGUCUACGCUUUCAAGUAUACAAAUACAACACCCAAUGACCAUGCUUUUGAAUCAUAUCUUACUAGCCGCCGUCCCACAGGGUGUACAAGGAAAGGUUCGACCCGUCCCUCCAUCAAGAAGUGCUUCCUUCGAGGAUUCUGACAAAGUCCAGCCAAGUGCAACCAAAAAAGCCUUUGUGGAUGUCAACAUCAAAGCCAUGGAGCCAAGCCCCAACUCCAUUGAACCCAAACUGAGAACAAUGUCAGAAAUAUUGGUAGGAGUUAAAAAGCACACAAACAAUGACGGAGUGGAAAAACAAGACCAUAGGGCAUUUACGAGUAUACUCACAUACACAAGUAUUGCUAUUGUCAUAUUUGUUGUGCUGGCCUUUCUCACGUUGAUGACAUUGCUGUGUUGGUUUGUGCAACAUGUGUAACAUCAGCUCAGUCCGCAAAUAAAACCUGCACUUGCCCUA